AUGAUAUGUUGUGUUUGUUUGCUGGAAGCCGAUAGACAUUGCAUAUCACUGAAUUAUACCGUCGUUCACUGGGGCAGCAAGGGCAUACACCGAAUCGAAUGGCAGUCGCUUCCUCGCGAAAUACGUCUGCAGUUUGUUACACUGCUCCGUGAUAUUAGUAUUCAGCAUAUUUGCCACACGGAAACGAUCAUCAGAUGCUUUGUGGAGCAUUUGCUUGCUAAAGUCCAGCCGAUUGCUGUCAGAGAUGCCGCCGAGGGAGAAGGUACAAGCGUGGAAAAGAAGCAUGAGAUGAAAUUCGAGCUGCGUGUUACACCGCAAGAACAGAAUGAAAUAUUUCAGUUGGCUCACGAUGGUUUAACAAAAAUCGUCUGGCAGUGCUUUCCACAUUUUUCGGUACCAACAAUUCGCUAUGUUAGCUAUGUAAGAAAUCUGAUAUUGGUUUGCGAGAAUAUACCACACUGCAGAAGUGAUAUGUUCUUGGUUUUGAUCGACAGUCUUUCUCAACUGGAUGUAAGUUUACGGGCAUUUGAAGUGACACCGGAACUGUUAUCACGUGCUAGAUCGGAUCGUAGUGGGACUGGUUGUCCAGCUGGCGAAAUCCUCGACCAAGAAAUCGAGGAGAGGUGCUUACUAAGCAUCAUAAUCUCGUUUCGAACGAUACCAGUUCGAGAUCAUGAUGAGAAAUUAGCUGCAAUGAAUGUAAUAAAUGUAAAAUAG